AUGGUGAAGAAUGCAUUGCUUUUUGUAGCAUUGCUCAUUCCCGUGUUUGGGCAAAAUGAGGAAUUGUUCGAGUUAAAUAUCAUACACUACAAUGAUUUUCACGCUCAUUUCGACCAAGUCAGCCCUACAGGCGGAGUAUGCAACCCGACCGAGAGAGCCUGUAUCGGGGGCUUCGCCCGCCUUUACACGGCUAUCAUGCAGGUUUUGGAAGCCGAACCGGACUCACUGCUUCUCAACGCCGGUGACACAUUCCAGGGCACCAUCUGGUACAAUUUCCUCCGUUGGAACGUCACUCAGCACUUCAUGAACAUGCUGCCCCAUGACGCUCAUGUCCUCGGUAACCAUGAAUUCGAUCACGGAGUGGAAGGCUUAGUACCGUACCUAGAGCGUUUGGACUCACCGAUGCUUGGCGCUAACGUCAACACCACCUUUGAACCGGAGUUGGGGGCUUACGUCAAAAACCACGUGAUCGUGACACGACGAGGAAGGAGGAUCGGCAUCAUCGGAGUGCUUCUAAGACAGUUCUCCGCGCCGAUAGGCCAAGUUAUUAUGGAGGAUGAGCUUGAGGCUGUCAAUCGGGAGGCAGCAAUACUCACAGAGCAGGGAGUCGAUAUUAUUAUACUGUUGUCUCAUGUUGGCUACACAAGCGACUUGCAAUUGGCACUCCGUAUCCCACCAACAGUGGACAUAAUUGUGGGUGGCCAUUCCCACUCUUUGCUGUUUAACGGUGAAUCGCCGGAUGGCACGCGACCGGUCGGGGAAUACCCUACUGUCGUCAGCAGGGACGACGGGCACAGAAUUCUGGUUGUCCAAGCGCACUGCUACACGAGGUACUUGGGCGACAUAAAGCUCUAUUUCAACGACCAAGGCGUCAUUCAGUCAUGGGAAGGAUCUCCUAUCUUCUUAGGGACAUCUAUUAUUCAAGAUCCCCGAAUACUGGAUGAGCUGGAGCCGUGGAGACAGGAGGUGGACGCGGUAGGAAAGGAGGUCUUGGGGAAUUCCCUGGUGACACUGAGCCGGUCCUGUUAUCGCGGCGAAUGCAACCUCGGCAGUUGGGCGUGCGACGGAUUUUUGGAACAGGUCAUGGUAAGGGCGAGAGGUGGCGCGUGGAAUGAUGCGCAUGUUUGCAUGAUGAACGCUGGAGGACUCAGGAUGCAGAUCGAUCCGGGAGAAGUAACAACAGAGGCCCUUUUAAUGUCGAUACCUUUCGAAAACUACGUGCAAGUUUACGACCUGAAAGGCGAACAUCUCCUGGAGGCGUUAGAGUUCUCCGUGGGCGCGUCACAAACAAAUCCAGACUCCUUCUACAGCGGUCGGAUGUUGCAGAUAGCGGGCAUGCGAAACGUUUACAACGCCUCUGCGGAGGCGGGGUCUCGAGUGGUUUCGGCGACCGUCCGUUGCAUUGACUGCGACGUGCCCCGCUAUGAACCGCUCGACGUGAAUAAAACAUACCGCGUACUCACACAGAACUAUAUCGGCGACGGCGGUGGCGGAUAUACGAUGCUGUCACAAAACAGGGAAAAUCUGGAGAAUUUGGAAGUAGACUAUGUGAUGCUUCAGCGCCACAUGAGAAAGCAGGCCAAUGUUAUUCAAGAUCUUGAUGGGAGAAUACAAAUAGUAUAU